AUGAUCCCCCAAUCCACCGCCCGGGUGCGCACAAAAACGGGGUGUUUCCCAUGUGAGAUCAAAACAUCCCUCGACAGCGAUCAGCCGAUGCUGACUGACGCAGGUCGCCAACGCCGAAAGAAGUGCGACGAAACGCGUCCGCGAUGCCGAGCCUGCACGCGCAACGAGCUCGGCUGCCAGUGGCCCUCGGGAAACGAACAGCGGGACGGACGACGAGCCCAGAGAUGUCGGAUCAGCGCCGUGUCAGACCUGCGAUUAUCACCCCUGGUCCCCCUGCCGGCCCCAUUCCAGCUACAAGAGCACGGCUAUCUGUACCGGUACUACGCCUCCACUCUAGUCCCUCGUCUGGUACGGAAAAAUUCACUGGCACGGUUUUUGGACCAAACACACUUCUUACGUCUGGCUUGGGAGUUUCCUCCACUGAUGGGGGCCAUGAUAUCGAUUGCUGGCAUGCAGCUGGCUUCCUCUUCGCGCUGGGCAAUUCAGUGCGCCAUUGAGAGCUACAUAUAUACCAUAUCCGGCCUUCAGAAAACGAUUGCCCAGCUCAGAAAUCCGGAGACGAACGAUGGUCUGUUAGCGACGGUGAUUUCCCUGUCCGUGUUCGAGAGCUGUCGGCGAGAUGCGGUGCCCAAUACCACGCCGCAUGUCAUGGCCUCGGGGACGCUGUUGGCCCUCCGUCGUCCACGCGGAGGCAAUUGCCCCCAAACAGCGGCCGUCUUCGACCGCAUUUGCAUUGAAUCGUUUGUGUAUCACGCCUCGUUAAUGAUGAUUUUUGAUCCCUCGCUGGAUGCACUGUCGAGGUUUCGGGAUCAACAGGACUUGACGCAGUAUUUUCCGGACCAUCCCGAUCUGGGCGUCUCUGUCUCCACACAGCCCAUUCUGCAUGCGCCCUACCGGUUUUUUGUACUCAUUGCCGACGCUACCAAGCUUGCUCGCCUGUCUCGACCUCUGGAAAGGGGCGAACGGCAAAAGUGGAGGCACCUGCAGGACGAACUCAGGCAGUGUGUCCCAAUUAUGCGAACCGAGGACGAGCAGUCCAGCACACUCUACUGCCUUGGUUUGCAAGUGCUACUCCUCAAAAAGAAUCCAGGGAUAUCGCUGCGCGAGAUGAAUCGACAGAUGAGCAUUUGUUUGGAACGAGGACUGGAGGCGAUGGCCCUGGCGGAUGCAGAGCGCUAUUUCACCAGUUUCCUUUUAUGGCCAUUGGCUAUACUGGGAUCGAUUGCGGUGUUUUCGAACGAAAACCAAACGGUGCAGGAUCUCCUCUCUCUACUGAUCAACACCCGACCAGGGGGGCAAGCGACCUGGGUACAGAGACGGCUACAGACAAUUUGGACCACGACACGUAGCCCUGACAGUGAAAGCAGAGAGGAGCAAAGGCUUCUUGGUCUCCAGUUGUUACUAGACGGAAACUGA